UCCAAAGAUCUAACCCCCCAAUAAAAGAUCCACUACCGAAGCGGCACUUUUCGAAGGCGACCACGGCAAACGAGACCAAGAUGACAACGUCGCACGUCGUAUGGUACUACUAGUAGCUAGCAGCAACCAAAACCAACCACACCAAGGGAUCUAAAAGCCGAGAACAAAAGAAGGAGAGAGAUUGAUAGAGAUGACAACGUUGAAGCCACCAAAACCAACCCAUCAAUAUCAGUAUUCGUACAGAUCCCUGUAUCUAUCUGCCAUUGGAUGGAUCCAACUCAUUGCUUACUGGUCCUACUAUGUUCAGUUUCCCGGUCUCUUGAGUUCCUCCGGUAUUGAACCAGUCCAUCGCGUCUUUUCUCGAGCCGCUCCGUCACUCCAUCAAGCAUGGAUUCAAUCGGGACAAAAAAUUGACGAAGAUUCCUUGUGCGAACUCUUGGCUCUUUCUGGCAUGAUCCUGGCGGCACUGAUUGCUUCCGGUUGGUGCCAACAUGCCGUUUUAUUUGCUGCCAAUGUGGCCAUUUACGGAUUACUGGUUCGAACGGGUGGAACCUUUUACUCCUUUCAAUGGGACACGCUCUUGCUCGAGACCACCACCGUAACUUGUCUGACUUAUGCACCCUGGUGGCGAUUCCGACCUGUCGACAACGACCAGUCACCCGUGGCGGCCAUUCCCCUUCGAUUUCUUCUGUUCAAACUCAUGUUCAUGUCCGGCAUUGUCAAGUUGCAAGCGCAUUGUCCCACGUGGGAACACCUCACGGCAUUGGAAUAUCACUUUGCCACCCAGUGUCUUCCCGGACCCUUGGCAUGGCAUGCGCAUCAGCUGCAUCCCUUUUUACUCCGAUUGGGUGUCGCCAUUACGCUGUGGAUCGAACUUCCCGCCACACUGCUCUUGGUGUUACCCUUGAAGUCCGUGCGACGCGUGGGAGCCCUGCUGCAACUGUCCCUCCAAGUCUUGAUUAUUCUCACGGGCAAUUACAACUUUUUCAAUCUACUGACCAUGGCGCUGUGUAUACCUGUUUGGGAAGAAGAAGAACAACAAAACAACAAUAAUAAUACUGAUGAUGCUCGGGCAAACAAGAAACAAACGACAACAACCAUACUGUGGGUCCUAGUAGAGCAACUUUUCUGUUGGACAUUUCUCCUCGGCACAUUCUUUUCCAUGUUUCGGAUAGUUCAUGUCGGGCCAGAUCAGAACCUCAAUAUUGUUCUCUUGCAAGAUUCCAUGUGGAUCCAGCCACAAGUCUUUCUUCCGUGGGUGCCCGGUGGCACCCUAGUUUUGAUUGCCGUAACGACAUUGGUUACUACUACUACUCCAAGACCAUCCAAGAUAUUCCACGGUCUAGUCUGCUUUCUGGUGGUGGGCAUUGUGGCACUCCCCAUCUUUCAUCAAAUUCCUCUCGGCGACAACCAAACUCUUCGACCGGGACCGUGGUUUCGCACAUACAUCCAACCCUAUUGGCUAGUCCAUGGCUAUGGCUUGUUUCGAAGAAUGACGGGGGUGGGGACUGUGCCACGAGGAGCCACGGGAUGGGCUGGAUUACCACCGUCGGCAGUGGCUCGACCCGAAAUUAUUCUCGAAGGAUUGUUUGCUGUUGACAAUGACGAAGGAGAAAAAGAAUGGCAUGAACUCGACAUGUUCCGGUGGAAACCGGGGGCCGUGAAUGCCAUGCCACGGCAAAUGGCACCCCACCAACCUCGACUCGACUGGCAAAUGUGGUUUGCCGCGUUGGGGAACAUUAACCACAAUCCAUGGUUGGUUCAUUUGAUUCAAAAAAUCCUCGAGGGAUGUGAGCCCGUCAUGGAUUUGGUAGGCGCUGCCAGUCCAUCCAUGAAACAGUUGCAGAAGAUACGAGGCAAGCUCUAUCACUACGAUUUUACCCGGCUCAAUACAACCUGGAGUCGGACCAUACCCGGAGUGGAAAUCUUGCCUCCGUCAGAUGACAGCAAUUUGUUGGUUCCGUCCAAAGUGUGGUCGCGAAAACUGGUUCACGAAUAUCUGCCACCCGUUGGGACAAAGGAACUCAAGGAGUUUCUGCGAUUGCAUGGCUACAAGCGCUAUUGUGUCGACCCCAAGCAGCGGUGCGCUCGCCAUCACGCAAACCCGUGGUGUCCUAUUGCCACAAGCAUCCGUCAAUUUCGAAUCUACCUCUUGAUUCCCUCCACUUUGGUUCUGUUGGUUCUAUCGAGGUUGUGGCGACGUCAACGACUUGUCCCGCGACAAGACUCACCGGUGACUCACAAGCAGAAACGAGGAGAUAGUUUGGAAGAAAAGAAGAACCAAUAGAGAAAAGGAUAGCUCGUUGGACGAGAUAAACACUCUCUGUCGCUUUGCAAAUGGGAACGAGGAUUCCAUUUGGCAUGAGAACCAUCCUGCAAGUUGCAGGCGAAAGAGGAAACGUUGCAGCUGGGUGUUGCAGCACAGUGUGUCGAUUGGGGGACAAGGCAGAUGGAGCAUAUUCAAUUUUAACCAAAUCUCGGUCCAUGUAUGUGUACGACCCAUACAAAUAUGUCCAAGGUUUGAAUCUUGAACGAAGGGCGCAGCCUUUUCAUCCCAUUCGGUCUAUGCAUAAUCUCACGCAAUCAGGCCAUCUUGGCACUGAUUCUUACGGCUACAUCCACAGCAAAUCCAUACACGUGUACUCACUAUUUGUAGAGGAAAACUACCUCUAGUGUGCUAAUUGAAAAUCUGGACCAAGCGACUGCCUUGGUUACACGCCACGGACCAUCUUGAAAAGAUUCUCUCCUGCGGUGGUCUCGUUUCCCUCUGCAAAACGCAUCUUCAAAUCAGAUGAACUAUCGCUGUACGUGGCAAAAGCCAAUUGGAGAAGGCGAUUUUUCGAUUGCCUCUGUCAGGGGCUCAGUGCAACUGCUCCAACUGACGGGAAGGAAAGCUCAAUUGUUUCUCAUCGCGGCAUUGGUGCUGAGACGCAAACACGGACUGGGACCAGGGCAGCAAGACCAGUGGAUCAUGGAGGAAGAUGACAGCAUCAGGGUCGUCAGCUACUACCGGUAACAGUUGGGGGAUCCAAGCUGGGAACAUGCCCAUUGGUGACUUGAGUGACUGUCACUCUGAUGGUGCUAUGGUAGGGUGGGGGCUUUCGAGAGGGGACAAAGGCAACAGAAACGAACAUUUUGCAAAUCCAAUUUUACUACUGACUGUAUCCAAUUUUCUUACUUUUGGCUGCACCAGCCCCAUCAUAAUAUGACAACACGAACGACAUGUAUUUGUCUCGUGCCACCCCAGAUUGCUCCAUUGCAAACCCUGCGGCUCAAGAACAGAAUGGCUCUUUCUCACCAAUUCUCCCCAUGUUCGACCACAAUAACACAAGUCACUGGAAAGGACACAGGGUCUCCUCUAUCCAAGUCAAACUUGGGGUCGGGCACUGUAUCAGGGGGGUAGUUGAGGGCUCUCAGAAAAUGAUUCUCAAUGCGGUUGGCGCUAAUGCCCACAACAAUGCCCGUAUUUGUCACAGCCACGGCCAGCACCCACAACCGCUCUGAUGCCGUCCAUCCAGCAGCAGGAACAUACUUGUAGGCACAGACCCUGACGUGGUCACCCGACCGAAUCUCUGGGAUUUUCCAAUGGUUUCCCGGCUUCCCGUGGGGGAAUAUGCCGUCGCAGCGUGCUCUCUUAGGGCUUGAUUUCAAAAUCAGUGGGCUUAUCGGAAAAAUCCAUGAAUGGGACAUUUGUCUUGACAUAGACUGUGCCAUUCUCAACUCUUGUGGAUCCACAGUCUUUGCGGUGCAUUGGCCAAUGCUGUUUCUGAUGUUCCUUGGAGCAAUACCACGCAACUUGGCAUCGGCAGCUAGCCCGCUCUUGGCAUACCGGUACAGCGCAAUACUGAUCGUACUGCUGGACUUCCAAACAGAACUCACUAAAAUCCAUCAAAUGUCCUGUACCUGCCAUGUCGUGGACCGUAGCCCCCUCUUCAAAGUCAAAGUUGGGAUCGUUCAGUUUCCAAAAUGUAUUUGUACUGUCCAUUCUCAAUACACCAGUGAAUGUUCCUACACCACGAAAAUGUUGGUAUUCUGUCUUAGGCAAGGUAGACCGACCCCAUGCACAUUCCCCGCAGCCACAAGGGUGAAGAGUCACUCCCGUCGGACUA